CCGACACUCGCGAUUGCGACUUUCCUGACCGGCCAGGCCAAAGACGACACCUACUUCAAUCUGACACGUAUGCUUGCGUACCAGUUAUUGCAGGUCCCCGAGACGCGCAUCCAAAACCCCAACAUUGGCUUUGUCGUCCUCUGCGGCACCAAGCUACCCGAAGCGAAACGCGAGAUCCUCCGUAAAGACGGCGCAACCGUCAUUCCCCUCGAAGACGUGGCACUACCAUCGUGGAUCCACACCCUCGAGCCGCGAUGGUCCGAACAAUUCACCAAGCUGCGCGUCUUCGAACAAACACAGUACUCGCGCGUCCUCUACAUGGAUGCCGACUACGUGAUUAUGCACCGCAUGGACGAAAUCUUCCGCGAGCCCAUCGUCACACAGCUCACUCCCACACUCUUCAUACGCAAGGAGGAAAUCAAACAAGACGAAGGGCCACUCCCCAAACAAUGGCUCUUCGCUGGCCGCUCCGAGAAUGGCGGCCAAGGCGGCUUCGACCACUUCGUGCCUCCCGUACAAACCAACUAUGCCAACGGCGGCUUCUUCAUGGUGGCCCCGCAGCAGGAAAUGUACGACCAUCUCAUGACUGUGAUGCAGAUUGAGGGCCGCUUCGACACACGUUUCAUGGAGCAGGACAUGCUCAACUACGUCUUCCGACGAGACGGACCCAUGCCGUGGCGCGAACUGGAUUGGAAGUGGAGUUCGAACUUUGCCAACCAGCGCGAUGUCGAUGGCGGGGUGCAUGCGUUGCAUGGCAAGUUUUGGGCUGAAGGGCCGGAGGCUGUGAGGAAGAAGUUUAGGGAGUUGGUGAAGCAGAUGGAGAAG